AAAAAAAAAUUUAUCUCCCCAAAUCCAAAAAGAAAAGAAAAUCGAACAAAAACUACUCAAUCGAAGCUUAGAAAAAGAGGGCACAAUCGCCUCUCUCUCUUCAGCUCCUCUCUCCCCCUCGGCUCUCCCCCUCUAUCCCAGGCGAUCUGGUCCAUUUGUUCUAGGGGAGGGGCUUGAUUCAUGCGCAUAUAAAAGCCGAGAAAUCGGUACGAGAGCAAUCAAAUUCUCACUCUUCAGCAGAAGUGAAAAUGGACCAUGACGAGACAGACUGCCAAGCUCCUCCAGACCAUCCUAUAUUGUGUGUCAACAACUGCGGCUUUUUCGGGAGCGCUGCAACAAUGAACAUGUGCUCGAAGUGCCACAAGGACAUCCUGCUAAAAGAGGAGCAAUCCAAGCUUGCUGCAUCAUCAGCAGCAAGUAUCAUGAACGGAACAUCCAUCACCACCCUUGGAAAGGAACCUGUUGUUGCUCUUGCUCCUGCCCCGAUCAUCAAUGUACAAGUCAGUUUGGAAGAGCCAACACCAAUCUUGGUGCAGCGAUCUUCUGCUCCAGGUGUGGCAGAGAGCAACGAAGAGAAACCGAAGGAGGUGGGGCCUAACAGGUGCAACACCUGCAACAAACGGGUUGGUUUGACCGGAUUCAAAUGUCGAUGUGGGCACGUGUUCUGCGCGAAUCAUCGCUACUCCGACAAACAUGGUUGUGCCUUUGACUACCGCACUGCUGCACGUGAAGCUAUUGCGAAGGCUAAUCCCCUUGUGAAGGCGGAGAAGCUCGAUAAGAUCUAGAGAUGGUCAUGGGGAUAAUGGAUGUGCUUGUUUUUUCAUCUACUCGGGAUUUCAUUGCCAACUAUCCUAUGAAAGGUGUCCCGGUUUAGGAAUCACGGAGAGGGCGAAGGGAAAGAGGAAGAGAGCGGGGAGGGCAUCUAUGGCAGUAUGGAAAGGACUUUACUAUGAUGUUGUGAUAUUGGCGAGGAUUUAUAUGUUGGCUCUGAGUGUGUGUUGAGUGUUGAAGUUAGUCACUUCUGGGUUUGUGAUGUCUCACCAUGUUUCAUAUGGCAUUUUACCGUGGUAGUACGUGGUCUAAGGAAAAAAAAAAAUCAGAUGUCCAGUUUCUCUUGUAGUGGAUAUGAAAGACUCCUUUAUGAUUUAUGGCCGUUUAUCGUCUUAAACUCUGUAAUUCCAUGGCUCUUUGCGACUACGACCGACUCCAAAUCCUUCUCCCAUUGUCAUCUGUCAUGUAUCAACUCGACAUCGAAUCAUUGACUGCCCUUAGUUGCUCAGUAUGGAUGACAAUGGUUUAUUCUAUACAGGAGUCUGUUUCGACCGUAUGUAAGUAAUACCAUCAGUUAGAAGUUAAAGCGAUUCUUGGAUCAAGUUCGAAUUGAAAUA